UACGGUGCUGGCUUGGACUUAAGGCUCGUUGAGGAAGCAUCACGUUUGUGGGAGGUGAUCGUCUGCUGUUGACCUACACUUAUAUUGCCCCACAGUCGCUCGUACGGUGGCAACUUGGGAUUUCAGUCUUCUUCUGGUUUACUCGACUCCUCGAACUGUCGGCCAAAGCUCAGAUCAUGUGCCUAGUCGACUUGAGGCGUCCUACCACUACCAUCUCACACUCCUUCGAGACCUAAUUCGUACGGCCACUAUAGCGAACUGGAACUACAAACAACGACAGAAAAACCGCCAUCAUGUCAGGCGUGUCGGCCUACUUGUAUUCGGACCCUCGUCAGAAUCCGGACAAUGCGAAUCUACCUACCAUCAAUCGACCAGAGACAAUCUUGGGGGUUACAAUAACCUUCAUGUUGAUCGCUGCCAUCGCCAUCAGCUUACGGCUAUGGGUGCGUUUCCGGGAUCGCACCUGGGGAUGGGACGACAUCUUCCUGGGCCUGGCAGUUAUCUCCAAUACUACAGGAGACAUUCUUGUUUGCAUGAUGACCAACGGUAGUUUGGGUCUUCAUUUUUGGACCCUCGACAGCGCUCUUAUAAUCUCGUACUUCAAGGACGUCUAUAUCAGCAAUGUCAUCUAUUGUUCCAGCGCAACUUUGAUCAAACUGGCAAUUCUCUUCCAAUAUCUACGUCUCUUUGCUGAGACAGCUGCUUCGACAAACACAUCUCAGUAUCGUCUUGCACGCCGCAUCAUCAUAUCCACGAUUGUCCUUACCAUUCUCUGGGGUGGAAGUUUUGUCGUUAUCGCAAUUUUCCCCUGCCACCCAAUCGAGAAGAACUGGAACAUAUACCUUGAAGGCAGCUGUUUUGGCUUUGGUUCCAAAGAUGCGCUCGUGUUUUUUCCCACCUACGCAGCCCACUCAGCCAGCAAUAUGGCAUUGGACGUACUGAUCCUGCUACUCCCAAUUCCGUUCCUGAAGGUCCUUCGGCUUGCUGGAAAGAGGAGGGCGGGGCUGAUCACACUGUUCAUCCUAGGCACUGUUGUGGUCGCGGUGUCUAUUGGCAGAGUCAUCUCCCUUGUGAUGACCCGUGCUGGCACGUUUCCUACCAUCGACAUGACCUACCACACGACCAUAAUCUACCUUUUCACCGUCCUCGAAAUCAACAUUGCCAUCCUAUGCGCCUCGGUCCCUGUCUUCUGGCCCAUCUUGACGUCUCUCGCGUUCAACAGAAUCCUGGUCGUCAACGAGGUCAUCAUCCGCGUUGAAGAAAAUUCAAAAGGCAGUUUCAGCUCCUCCUCACAAGGUAUCAAGCUCACCAGUUCGGACGACUGGCCCGACAACAACAAUGGCAAGAAUGUAGGCAAUAGCCUACCGCAAGAUGCACGUUCAAAAAGACUGAAUGCGCUACCAAGAGUCUUUCAUCGAUCGCAUAGCAAGUUAUCGUCCAAACGCUCCAACCAUGAACCUAAACACAGUGCCUCAUCGUCUAUUGGGCGGGUCAUUGGUCGUAAUCCUACGCUUCCGCGCCAUAGUCAGGACUCGGAACGCAAUCUUACCAAUACUGCGCAAGGAAGCCACGAGAGUAUGGGGGAUCUGACACCAAACAGCUCGUAUGACUACUAUGCGGAGUUGGAUCGACAGCAUGGGUCGACGACGCGGGUCGAUAAGGGAGAACCUGGCUUGGAAAGUCUACUUAGGUGAUUGAAGCCUAAUUCAUCCAUUAAUCUUACCGUUUUCUCCUAUGUCUUGCUUGUUCUGACUUUGGUUUAUUGGGCACACGGUUCUAUCAACAACUGUACGAUAUGCGCUAUAUUUCCGGAGGUACGCCGAAACUUCAAGCUGACGCGUCGCUGAUCUUCACCAUCUGGGGUUGCGGUUCUGUCUUCCGUUUUCGGUCUCGGUCCUUCUUUGACACCC